AAACCAAGAAUAAGCAUGUUAUAUUCGAAGCCAUCAAUGAAGAUCUUUACAACGAAUCAUCGCAAGCAGUAGCUGACGCUCACAGACCGAAGGUCGAAGCCUAGGAGAUGGCUCCCGUGGUUGCGCAGGGCGUUGCCGUUGGUGCAGCAGCGGCAUGGGCUGUUCGACAGCUAGCCUCUCGGCAUUGGCUCUCCGAAGCUGACAUCGAUGCUCGCGGGGCUGGCGAUUCUACGGGAAACGGAGGUGGUGGUAAUGUUAAGAAAUAGCGGAGAUAGACGAAGACAAACAAGAAUUAUUGUUCGAGUCCGAUGGUACUUUUACUGUCUUAAAAUGUACUAGUAGGACAAGUACAUUGGGAAUCGACAUUGAGAUUGAAUGACUUACCAACGUCUAAGAACCGGAGGACAUCAACUGCCUUGAAGCAAGAGGCGCUACUCCGCGAUCGGUUCGCAGUCGUGACCGGCGGGAGUGAGGGCAUCGGAUUUGAAACAGUGCGGCUGCUAGCGCAGCGCGGUGCCAUAGUAGCAGUAGGCAGUCGCGACCCCUACAAGGCUGCAAACGCGAAGCUCCUACUUCUUUCACGCCUAGCAGCUUCAGUGCAUCCAGCUACGCGGGACAUCGAAAUUGCCGACGAGAACGUAUUCGUGCAUGAUGAUUUUGAUGUGUGCGCGGCAAUCGAAAGAAGGACUUCUUCUGGAGCGUCAACGGGAAAGAGCCGGUCAAGCAAGGGUCAUGGCGAACGGAAGUUACGGAUUUCUUUGUAGAUUAUUUUUUCGUCUUGUUGUAUGUUCAUGAGGAGAUGAAGUACUUGAGCAGUUGUAUCAUGGAGUCUUCUAGUACAGGAGCAGCUACAGAGGUGGAAGUCUCUCUCUCUAACUCUGAAAGAAGACCUCGUCCGUUGCGUAGAUGGGCCAGGGCCUGUAUGGGAUCGUGUUAUUGGCCGUAUUUUACACGCGUCAAGCCUCGGACCGUCAAGUCGAGAGUUGGCAAGAGCCUUACUGGAAGAGCACGCACGUGAGGUGCUACGUGACCUAAGUCUGGAUCAGGCAGAGCAUGACGAUCUAUCUUAUGGCUGGAUUUUCUUGAAAAAUAUGUAUUUUUUUACCUGAAGUUGAACAAGAAGUAGAAAAUAGUAUUGGUUCUACCCAGAAAACACUCCCUAGCUUACCUGUAGAUACCCAAAAAUACCCCCUGUGUGCGUUUUUGAAUGAAAAGAUCCUAAAUUAGUUUGCUGGUCCUCUUGUUAAACACCGUCCUCUAGUCCACUCAUCAUCUUAUCGGUUCUACUUCAUCUUUAUUAAGGUAUAGAUACAUAGCUUCAUCUAUUUCUACUCUGUUCAACCGUUCGCUCGCAUUCAAUUAAGGUCUUCAAAUUUACUAUUUGUUUACCUGCUCACAGAGAAUGAAUGAAUCUUUUUCCCUCAAAUUUCGCAGUCGUACAGGGCACUGCUGCAGUGUUGUCGAGAACGUGCGUCAACGAUGUUGCGCAGCGGGAAAAAAGAUGAGGUCAAGCUAUCGCCCGAGUACCAAGCAGAGCUCGAGAUCGCUCUUGCGCGUCUCCUCUACGCCCGACUCGCGUCGCCAGCAACUAGGGAUAUGCUAGAGCGCAGGGUGCUCUUCUUCACUUAUGUUGAAGGCGAUGCGAAAGUGAGUAUGACUUUGAGAAGGAAUUGCUUUUUUAUUCAGAUGAUUUUUCUUUCGAUGUACUAGCACUGGAUGCAUUGGAGAGCCGAUCCUACUCUUUCCAAUGCAUCCAGUGCUAGUACAUCUACUCCUUUCUUUCAACAUUUUUGAAGCUAGAUUAUGUAGACAGCAUCUAUCUUCAAGCAAUAAUUUAUUUGAAUUUCUCUUUUUCAUAUCAUACUCGAUCUAGCAGACUUGCAGAGUAUCAAGCGAUUCGGGAAGCAAGUGAAAACUGCGUUCCUGCACAUGGUCAAGCUCGAGGCAUUACAGGUACCAACUAUUUCGUGUGUCGCUUAAAUUUGUCAGAUUAUGAGGCUUUAUGUCUAAAGGAAAAAAAUACAUAAUUGAUAGUUAGCGAUAGCUUUUGCAUGAGGAAUAACACAACCAAUACACAAAAAUUACGGUCAGAAAGAACUUCUACCAAACUUCAUGAAUUACACCACAAAACACAAGGUAAACACGCGAACGACAAUAACGGGAAAGAAGAUGCUCCGACGCAUGAAAAGUUCGCGAAACGAAAAGGAUCCGUCUAAUAAGGCAGCAGGCGGAGGGGGAGGCGUGGAGUUAGCAAGACAGAACAGCAAUCGGGACGAGAAAGACCGAGAGCGUGCUUUUCGUGGCUUCCAUGCCGAUCCAACGGAGCAUCAGAAGUUCGUUGUUCGAUGUCAAGAGCGCGUCAAACGCUCUUUUCACUGCCUGGUUUGUAAUGCCGGUGUGGUUCCUUCAUCUUCUAGUAGCUCCUGUGAGCAAACUAAUUAUAUGACGAUGAAAGUACUAUCCUCUAUUAAGCAGGGUUUCCGAAUUUUAUCCCUCACUACCAUCCACGGCUCCUUUUCAAAGGGAAAAUAGGCCAAGAAUGUUCGGACGGAUGCAAUUCGGCAACCUCUAACAUGUCUGGAAGUAGUACUGAGCAGGCUUCAUCUUCGACGUCAUCUGCAUCAGGAGGACCAGCCAAAAGUAGUACAGGAACUGCAAACGCUUUUUCUGCUUCUUCACCAUCUAGUACGGUACUAAACGUGAACAAGAAGAAAAGCAACCCUGCUACUACAACUCGAGAACCCUGCUUCGACGUGAAUUGUCUAGGCCAUCACCACUUGAUCAACAAGCUUGCUAAGGGCGACGACGGGCAUAGCUACUCACUAUUUGGUCGCUCGCUCAAAGUUAAGACGAAAAAGUGAAAGAAUGCACCUAGUAGUACUAACUUUACUACGGUUGAUACUAGAUUGAGGAGAGUUGCCAGGGGUAUUUGUUCAAUUUGAAUUUUCCUUCGUUUCCUUCUUCUAGGAUUCUGAGGCUAGUACCCGUGUUGAGCUUAUAGAAGAUGAAUUAAGUAUCUUUCGUCUUGCUGGUGACGUGAUGAUGAUCAUCUAAGAAAGCAUCGCACUUCCCUCCUCCGUCGGCAGAAACGCCAAUGGUCGCAGCGCCAACCAUGCGGGACCACAUAGAGGAGGAGCGUGGCCAGGAGCCUCCGAUUUUACCUGUGGACCACGAUCACAAAGAUGACAAAAGAUCAUCUUCGCAGCAAGCGACAUCAAAGGGUUCAAGAAGCACAGUGGUCGCGUCAAAGCCGCGAAUCAUAUUUGUGUCUUCUAGCCUACUCUCACGGGGCAGCCUUUCAGGAGAAUUGUCGCAACGUUUAGGGGAUGCGGAAAGCGGAAAGCAGGAUCCCGCGUCUAGUGCAUCGCCUUCGCCAGGGGAAGUAGCCACGGCAGGUGACGAAAGUAGUGCGAAGGUUCUUCAGGAGGUUUCGGCUUCCUCGUCAUCAUCGAGCAAAGAGACCUCGUCCGCAUCGAGAUGUCCAUUGGGGAAAGCGAAUCAGGAUGUACUACUUACUACACAGAGAGACUUAUAAGUUGUGCAAGUUUUUAGACAUAAUAUUUGAGGAGGACCUCUUCAUCAUGUUUGAAUUUAACAGUUUGAUCUACUUUCUCCUGAUUUUUGUAAAGCCAAACCUUCCAACUGCACCUUUGAUGCUGUAAAACCUUAUUCCACAACUGCUACUCGUUCCUGCUACAACUACUUAUAACAGGGAAACAGUAGUGCCUAUAAUGCCGACUCGAAGCUCGUGAAUGCGUUACAGAGUCGUGCGUAUGCGGGAGUAUUCGGGAAUGUUGUUGAUAGUUUUGCAGUUUGUCCUGGCUGGUGCUAUACUCGCCUUGGCUCCGGAAGUAGAACUAGUAUGACUGAAAUGCUGACGCGACCGGUCAGUACCCUCUUAGCCGGCCUCCUGUGUCUGCGCAGCGCAAAUGACGGUGCUGCGAAUGUUGUCCACGCGGUCUUAUUAUGAAGAUGGUGGAACUUGUUGCUUUUCUAUUUCUUGUAGUCACUCUUCUUGAGCUGCAUGUAGAAGUUGGUAGCAUGUUCUAGUCGUUCUAUGACUAUCACUUACUACGUCGAAGGACACUCGUUGUCCUCUCACUACCUUGUCAUCUCGAGGGACGACAAGUAGCGUUCAUCUUCUAUCACUGUGUCUAAUCUGCGUCGAUCCGGGAUCGAUCUCGAACGGAGCUGUUUUGAGGGAUGGAGUAGCUCCGAUAGCAUUGAACGACAAAGUGGAGAACGAAAUUGAGCCGUUUUUUUCGGGUACUGAGUAUCUUCGGACGAGCUUUCUUGCUCGAUUUAUGCGAUCCCUAGAUCAGAUAGUGGAAGCGAAAAAACGAUGAAGAACUUACUUUUUGAUUCAUCUGUUCAAUCUCUUGCUCUUAGUUUUAGAAGAACUCGCGGCGCACCCGCGCAGUCAAGAGAAUUAUCACCCUUUGUUUCAUGAAAACAUGCGCUUUGUCUUUCUCACUGAUGAAGUCCUUUUCUCUCUCUAUAACUUAGAAGAUACGGUCUGUCACCGAAAUCACUUUCUUGAAAAUACUCUCUGACACAAGUACUGAAGUCACUCUCGUCUUACUACGAAAAUGAUCGUGCAACCGCAGCUGUAGUGACACUUCUGAACAUCAAAAAAUCACCUGUACUCUCUCUGGCGUCAACAUACCAUACCGCACCGCAAGCGCAAACUCAAUGACUCACUGUACUCAUGGCCAUAAUUGCCCUAUUGCCCAAGUCCUUUUUACCAUUUCAGAGUAUGAGUAUGACAAUAUUUUUCACACGCGCGUGGUCGUUUGAUCUGUAUGUAUCCCUGUUUAUUCUACGUGAGACCUUUGAUCAUGUCUCUGUACCUACGUAUUGUUGAUUGGUUUCCGUUUCGUUCAGUCAAUUCUCAUUCGUGUUUGAUUUGGCCUAGUUAAGUAAAAAGUAUAAGUAUUCCUUUCUUGUGUGCAGUGUGCCAGAUCUCGUGCAUUAUGAAUCUUGUUUCGUUUGAAAUUCAUGUUUGUAGAGCGUAGAGGUGCUGGCAUUUUGAUUUUGUCUAACUCAAGUCAGAUAGAACAAGAACUCUCUUUAUUCAAGUUCGAAAACACAAUCGUGAAGCAUUCAUGGGAACUUGGGAAGUGAAGAAGUCGAUUGGUUUAUUCAAUGAAAGCGGAUGCGAAAAAGACUUGUGAUGUCACUGUGUCGUGUCACUAUACAC